AUGCAUGGGGACACAUUGUUAUUUGAGAGCGUGGAGAAAGUAAUCAAGGAGGCAGCCAUUUUGGAUUUGAUUCUGACCUGCAAGGAGGAACUGGCAGGGAAUCUGAAGGCGGAAGGCAAUUUGGGUGAAAAUUCUCACGAAAUGGUAGAUUCAUUCAGCAGCACCGAGGAUGCUGGGAAGAAAGCUACCUGGCAUCAUUCAUGUCGAGGAGGAAUUGUGGUGUCAAAAGAAGAGGUGCUGAAACAAACUGAUCCCCUCGUGUGCACACGCUCCUGGGAGUCCAUCACAGCCGAAGCCCUGGAAUGGACUGACCCUCCCCACCGCCGUGAAUGGACUGACCCUCCUCACUGCCACGAAUGGACUGACCCUCCUCACUGCCGCGAAUGGACUGACCCUCCCCACAAUCGCGAAUGGAUUGACCCUCCCCAGUGCCGCAAAUGGAUUGACCCUCCCCACCGCCGUGAAUGGACUGACCCUCCUCACUGCCACGAAUGGACUGACCCUCCUCACUGCCGCGAAUGGACUGACCCUCCCCACAAUCGCGAAUGGAUUGACCCUCCCCAGUGCCGCAAAUGGAUUGACCCUCCCCACCGCCGUGAAUGGACUGACCCUCCUCACCGCCGCGAAUGGACCGACCCUCCCCACUGCCACGAAUGGACUGACCCUCCCCACCGCCAUGAAUGGAUUUGCCGCGAAUGGACUGACCCUCCCCACAAUCGCGAAUGGAUUGACCCUCCCCAGUGCCGCAAAUGGAUUGACCCUCCCCACCGCCGUGAAUGGACUGACCCUCCCCACCGCUGCGAAUGGACUGACCCUCCCCACUGCCGCAAAUGGAUUGACCCUCCCCACCACUGCGAAUGGAUUGACCUUCCCCACUGCCACGAAUGGACUGACUCUCCCCACCGCUGCGAAUGGACUGACCCUCCCCACCACCGCUAAUGGAUUGACCUUCCCCACUGCCACGAAUGGACUGACCCGCCCCAUCUCCGCAAAUGGAUUGACCCUCCCCACCACUGUGAAUGGAUUGACCCUCCCCACUGCCGCGAAUGGAUUGACCCUCCCCACCGCCGUGAAUGGACUGACUCUCCCCACCGCUGCGAAUGGACCGACCCUCCCCACUGCCACGA